AUUGCACUAUCCUUCGAUGUCCUAAUGAAGAUGGCUCAUCAAAUGAUUACUCAAUUCCUUAUCUUCACAUUUCCUUGAUUCCUACGUGAGUAUAUAUACAAUAUGCAAACGAUUAAUACCAGUUGAUCAGUUUAGGAGGCUCUCAACUAUGGCAGCUUGUUCAUCUCAGCAACACGACUUUUCCUGGCAGGAUUGUGAUGAUUUCCAGUUGCCGGAAAAUUCCGUAUGGUUUGGCACAGACGAUGAUGGUAGUGAUAUAUUUUGUGGCAAGGCUUGGUGCGAUGGGCAAGAACUGCCGGCCAAAAUAAUCCCUCAAAGGAAGGAAUGCAGAGUAAUCGAUGAUGGACGUGAGAGAGUAGUACCGAGAUGCAAAAAGGUGCUAGUUUGUCGCGGAUCCAACGAAAAUCAUUGCAGUCGUAGACGGGACCAUUGUCAUAGACGUCAUUGUCAUCAUAGGGAUGACAGUUCUAGCGAGAGUGAAAGAGAAGAGGAGAGUACUACCACUACAACCACUUCGAGUAGAAAUGAGAGUAGGUUGCUGAUAAGGAGCAUAAAGUGCCGAAGUACUGAAACCACCACUAUCGUGAAGAAAGCCAAGAAGGCACAUAAGAAGAAGAGGAGGGACCACCAUCACGCCCAAUGCUGGGAUGAAAGACGCACCCGUAUGGUGCCAAAAGUAACUGUUGAACCAAGGGUUCGGUACGUACCAAAGGUCACAAUGGAGCGUACUGUGCGUUACGAGCCGGAAACGUACGUUACCAAGGUCUGCUGCGAUGACAGCUGCGAACCUUGCGGACCCUGCGAGCCGUGCGAUCCGUGCGAGGAAAUACUGCCAUGUCGGCAGGAAUCGAAAUGCAAGGAGGCUGUAGUUUGCGAUCGUUCAAAGAAGGGAGAGGCUAGAUGCGUUCGUCCGACCAAAUGCGAUCCACCCUCGCCCCAACCCAAGGCCAAGUGCUGGUGAAUAACUGGACGAAUGGAAUGCCGACCGGAUUCUAUACAGGAAAGCUGUUAAAUGGAAAUUCCGAAUAAUAUGAUAUUUUGAAUAAAAGUUUUCGAGCAUA